GAGCUGAGGCUAGCAAAGCGGAGGAGAGGGGGCGCGGGAGGCUGGGCGCACGGGGCUGGCCGGCAGCGCCCCUCGCCCCCUCCCGGCCCCUGCCCGGGCCCCUGUCCCUGCCUUCAGCACUGCAUCCAACCGAACAGAUCAGCUGGGGCCCAAGCAGAGUCGGAUUUGGGGGAUCGCGAAACCAGCCGAGGUUUCAGUUUGGUGUGUCUGUGCCUUAAUGUCCCAGGAAAAGUUAUAAGCAGCUGUCUUCGGAUGUGACGGCGCCUCUCUUCCCACCUCUCCCCAAGCCUCCGAGGUGGGGAAGGGACUUCUGAAUUCCCUAUGGGGCUGACAGCAGAGCUGGGCCUCCCCUGCCCAUUUCUGUCACCCACUGAGAUUAUGGUGACUGUGGGCUAUGGUCCAGCCCUGGGACCCACCUCGCUGACCAAGCUCUGCAGCCACUAGCUGGAGCCAGGUGCCCGCCAACCACGCUGCCUUCCGGGGACCAGGAGCUGGGGCGUGACUAUGCGGCUUGGACUGUUGGUGGUGGCCCUCAUUCUGAGCCGGAUGCAUCUUGCUGGCAGCAGCCGAGGGUUGAAGGGGAAAAGGCAGAGACGGAUUAGCACAGAAGGAAGUCAGGCCUGCGCCAAGGGCUGUGAGCUGUGCUCGGAGGUCAACGGUUGCCUUAAGUGCUCCCCUAAGCUCUUCAUCCUGCUGGAGAGGAACGACAUCCGGCAGGUUGGAAUCUGCCUGCCUUCCUGCCCGCCUGGAUACUAUGAUGCUCGCAACCCCGAUAUGAACAAGUGUAUCAAAUGCAAGAUUGAGAACUGUGAGGCCUGCUUCAGCCACAAUUUUUGCACAAAAUGUAAGGAGGGCUUAUAUCUUCACAAGGGCCGCUGUUACCCAGCCUGCCCUGAGGGCUCCUCAGCGGCCAACAGUACCAUGGAAUGCAGCAGUCCUGCACAAUGUGAAAUGAGUGAGUGGUCCCCAUGGGGGCCAUGCUCCAAGAAGAAGAAGCUCUGUGGUUUCCGGAGGGGUUCAGAAGAACGGACACGUCUUGUGCUACAAGCUCCCUCUGGAGAACGUUUGAUCUGUCCCAGCACUAAGGAGACCAGGAGGUGUACAGUGCAGAGGAUUCCGUGUCCCGAUGGACAGAAGAGACGGAAGGAUGGGCAGGGUCGACGGGAGAAUGCCAAUGGGAACCUAAGCAGAAAAGAAAGCAAGGAAGCCCGCCUGGGCUCUCCUCGAAGGCGGAAGGGACAGCAGCAGCAGCCGCCACAGCAUCGAGGGACCGAAGAUCCCAUCACACUUGCUGCCUAGGGACGACUAGGCCCUGGGCCCUGGAAACAAGAUGCUGAUGCUGCUAUGUAGAUGAGGGCUUUAGUGAACUGGAGUACUGCUGCAAUCAUAUUCACACAUAUGUACACGAGGCACGUACAUGUAUGCAGACGUGGAUACAGAAAACAAAAAGGCAGAUGCACCUCCAUACUCCUCCAGACAGACCUAACAUGAGUUAGACUGCACACACGUACAUACAACCACCCACCUAGAAAAGGCAGACGUGCUUUCACAUGCUGUGCUCAUUCAGAUCCACCACAGACAUGCAGACAUAACACAUGCACAUACACACACAUUCGUAAAAAGGAAGGCAUGCAUCCACCCAUGCACAUAUUUCUGUAUACAGCCAUGCAUACACGUGGAUGCAAAUGCCUAUACAGGGCAGACUGCAUCCAGGUGUCUACACUGGACAGGCAUGCAUCCACCUACCCCUCCAUAGGUGUUAAGCGUACAAAUGAGCAGAUAUCCAGACAGAUACCUAGACAUGUACAUGCGUCCACAUACACCUCCAUGUAGACACACAUAUGAACAGACAUCCAACUAGACAUGCACAUGUGUCCAUGUACCCCUUCAUAGGUGUUAGGCAUACAUAUGAGCAGACAUCCAGACAGAAACCUAGACACGUACAUGCGUCCACGUGCCUCCAAGCUACAUGUGUACACAUAGACUUUCUACCAGACUGUGGAGCACAUGCUUCUAAAAGUAGGAGAAGGGAAAGCUUCAAGAGCCACUGCAGUGCCUUGGACUUGGCUCCAUGCAGAGGUGAGGAGGGCACAGAGGGAGGCCCCCUCAGCUCAGCUGAGAACAUUCACUGGAGAAGCUUCCUCCAAAACAAGUUUGGGAGAACUUUCCCCAGCAGUGACCCGUCAGCCAGCUGGAGCAUGCGGGCAGCAAUGGCAGCCAAAAAGACAGACGGGCCUGGGUUCGACUGUCAGGUGGAAGCUGGCCCAGAAAGGGCUUACCUCCCUCCCCUGUCUCAUGUUUCUGGUUGUAAGACUUUCUCUUGGAAGAAUCUAUGUUAAAUGUCCAUGGUAUGAUGUCAGGGGAGACCAG